AUGGUUGCCGCCUUCGUCGCCGCCCUGCCGCUCACCUCCGGCCCGAAACUCUCCACCCCAGUAUGCCGCCGCUCCAUGGGCACGCCCUUGCUGCCCAGGCCCGCCGCUAGCCGCCGCGCGGCCCUGCACCAAUGGAUGAUGAAGAUCGGCAUCUUCUUCUCCACCUCCACCGGCAACACUACCGAGGUUGCAGAUUUCAUUGGGAAAACCCUCGGCGCCAAAGCCGAUGCACCUAUCGAUGUCGACGACGUCACGGACCCGCAGGCCCUCAAAGAUUAUGACCUGCUCUUCCUCGGCGCUCCCACCUGGAACACCGGCGCGGACACCGAGCGCUCGGGCACCUCUUGGGAUGAGUUUCUCUAUGAUAAACUCCCUGAAGUUGACAUGAAGGAUCUGCCAGUCGCCAUCUUCGGCCUGGGCGAUGCCGAAGGUUACCCGGACAACUUCUGUGACGCCAUCGAAGAGAUCCACGACUGCUUUGCCAAGCAGGGCGCCAAGCCCGUCGGAUUUUCAAAUCCGGACGACUAUGAUUAUGAAGAGAGCAAGAGCGUCAGGGACGGCAAGUUCCUGGGGCUCCCCUUAGAUAUGGUCAACGACCAAAUUCCCAUGGAGAAGAGGGUCGCUGGUUGGGUUGAGGCCGUCGUUUCUGAGACCGGUGUGUAGGCGCCAUCGUCAAAAUCUUGGCCCCCCUGCCUACUCCUUGUAGUGCUGGCCUUAGUCGUCCGUAGAGUUUCUAAACUGCCGCCGUUUUUUUUUUU